GAGAGUGUUGGGCAGGUCACUCUCUUGCCCAUCUUUCUGCACUAACGAAGGCGGGUGCAAAAUGUGUUGCUGAUGGUUUUAAACCUUGUGGCAAUUCCGAUAGAUACUGUGCAGGCGAACAUCACUCGAAUUUCGUGUAUCAAAUAGUCAACACAACAUGUGAUAUCGAGUUCGUCAUAGAAGGCUGCUUUAAGGAUUCCCACAAUUCCCACGCGAGACCCCUCGCAAACUACUUGCUGAAUGAUCGCGACCCUACAGUCCCUAGUUACAGUGGACAAAACAUUGACUGGGUAAACUGGGAUGUGUAUGUACCUCAACUUGCUUGCAGAUGUGCCAAAAAAGCCAAAGAAGAGGGAUCAACUUACUUUGGACUUCAAUUUUACGGGGUUUGUUACAGCGACAAAUUAUCACAAAACUACGCCCAGCUUGGUGGUUCUAGCUCUUGUUAUGAAGGAAAAUCAAGCAGUCCAUGUAGUAAUGGAUCUAUGGCUUGUGCUGGUUCUAACCAGUCGGCCAACUAUAUCUACAAGAUUCCUAUACCUGCACAAGCAUAAUAAGAAUCUGCUCUUAGAGGUUACUAUACUCCACCUCGGACUGGCUAGCGAUUACUAAAGGAAAUGGAAAACUUCUUGGUCAAUAUAAAGCAUUACUAAUAACUAGCAUAUUUUAGCUUAUAUUAUUAAAGAUUAGAGUAAAGUCAAAACUCA